GAGAAAAUUGAAGUUGUAUAAAGCUGCAAUGAUUGGAAACUGGGAGAUAGCUGAACGAGUUCUUGAGAAAUUUCCCGAAUAUGCUAAGGCCUACAUCAAUGAGCAAGGGGAGACUGCUCUACAUAUUGCAACUGCAGCAAACCAUCCUCGGUUCGUUGAACAGUUGGUUAAUAAGAAUAAACAAUGUCUAUAUAUAGGAACUUGUACGGGAGAAAAUGGUGAUAAAGGAAAUACAGCAUUUUUCUAUGCUGCUGCAUCUGGAAAUGUGAAAAUUGCCCAACUAAUGCUGAAGAAGGACAGUAAUUUGGCGAUGAUCCCACGCAGACAAAAUGUCUUACCAAUUCAUACUGCAGCUUUGCUUGGCCAUGGGAAGAUGGUGCGCUGGCUUUAUAAGGAAACUAAAAGUAAGCUCCAUACAAAGCAAAACAAAGAUCUCAUUUCUUUACUGGUGGCCUUGAUCGACUCUGAUAUACAUGAUAUUGCGAUGGAUUUGGUAAAAGCUAAACCGGGGCUGGCCACCGAAAAAGACAGAAAAAAUGAGACAGCAUUGCAUGCAUUUGCCCGAAAGCUUCGUAAUGAUAAACCUGCAACUCCAUGUUCUCCAUGGAUGAAGCUCUAUUUGAACAUAUUUUCGGGAAGGAAAAAUCAAAUGGGCAAAGAAGCGAUUGAGCUAUAUAAAUUGAUUUGGAAGAAAAUAUUAUUGUUGGAUGAUGAACAAAUUUCUGAAUUGAUGAUGGGAGAUUCUAAUCGAUUAACAUUCAUCGCAGCCAAACAAGGAAAUGACGAGUUCCUGACUACUCUUAUAAGUUCAUAUCCCACUUUAGCAUUCAAAGCGAAUAAAAAGGGUUAUACCAUAUUUCAUAUAGCUAUUUUGUAUCGACAAAUGAAAGUCUUCAAGCUGAUACAUGGGAUAGGUUCAUUUAAGUACUUCAUGAACAUAAAAAAAGAUAAGGAAGGAAAUAACAUGUUACAUUUGGCUGGAAAAUUGGCCGCAUCAAGUCGACAAAAUACUGUACCAGGAGCAGCUCUUCAACUGCAGCGCGAUCUGUUCUUCUUCGAGAAAGUGAAGGAAGUUGUUCUUCCACAACAAAUAGAAGAAAAGAAUAAAAAAGGGAAGAGUCCAAGAUACAUAUUUAUAGAGCAACACACGGAAAUGAGGAAAGAUGGAGAAGAAUGGAUGAGAAAUACUGCACAUUCAUGCAUGGUUGUUGCUACACUCAUUGCCACUGUGGUUUUUGCAGCAGCUUUUACUGUACCGGGUGGCAAUGGACAGGUUAAUGGCAUUCCUAUUUUAGUCAACCAGAAUUGGUUCAAAAUUUUUGCCAUAUCAGAUGCAAUAUCGUUAAUAUCCUCAGCUUCUUCGAUAUUAUCUUUCCUAUCCAUUCUUGCUUCUCGAUACUCAGUAGAUGAUUUUCGCAUUUCAUUGCCUACAAAAUUGACUUUCGGACUCUUUUUCCUUUUCAUAGCAAUAUUAACUAUGAUGGUAGCCUUUGUUGCAACAUUUUUUAUUAUCUUCAAACAUGGAUUGUCCCGAUUCGCUUUUCCUAUUGCUGGAAUUGCUGUUUUUCCAGUCCUUUUGUUCCUUUUCCUACACUUUGGUCUCUUUCUCGAAGUGAUUUGUUCAACCUAUAUGUUCUUCAUGCUUUUCAGGCGCAACAAAAAUACUCUAUUUUCUAGGAGGCCCUCAAAGCAUGCUGAAAUUAGAAAAUCUGCUUAAAUUAAGCAAUCCCUCCCCUUCCUGUGCAAGAGGUUUUUUUUUUUUUUAUUUGUGUUUUUUUGUUUCCUAAUAACUUUCAGAUUUGUGUGUAUGGUUUGUUGAUAGAUUUCAAGUGAAUAAACCCUCAGAUCUGUCCAUGUUGGUAGAUCCUGUGUGUAUGGUUUGCUUUUUUUUUUUUUGAUGGAGUUAUUUUUAUGUUUUUGUUGUUGAGUUAUUUUUUUUUUUAGAAAAUAGUGCUGUAUAGAGAGACCUA